AUGGAAACUGACACAGUUAUCGUCGGUAAUGGGCCCUCGGCCUUGAUUCUCUCAUAUAUCCUUCAUGGCUAUCUUCCUUAUUAUUUGCCAAAUCCUCCACAUCCAGAUCCUUUGCUACAUGCCAAACUACUGGACGCACCGGAUCUCUUGCAUCACAAUGUAGAUUCUUUAACUGCGCAUUUUGCGGCUUCGCGACUGUCAUAUUCAACACAGGCGCUGCCUGUCAAUGUUCUGCUGGAUACGCUAAUGUGUCCAAGCCUCGACAUUGACGAGUCCGGUACUACUUCUAAUCUCGAGUGGCGUCAUGUUCCUGAAAAGGCCAUUCCUCACCUUGUCUUCGGAAAGGCGCCAUAUCCAGGAGGUCAGUGGACAGAAGAUCCAUGUGGCGCAAGUUGGGAUAUUCAGACAUUGAGCUAUGCGGCAAUGCUAUCCUUGCCCGGAUACUCUUUUGCAGAUCAUCACCGAAAGUUGUUAGGGCAGGAUCUACCGUCUUUCACACGCCCAACAAGACGUGCAAUCGCCGAGUAUUAUCGUGCUUAUCCGACAGCAGUCGGCAUUGAUGAUGGCCUUCGGAAUGGAGAAGAGUUGAAUGGAAUCUCCCGUACCAGUAACGGAUUCUACAUUAAGUCUCACAAUCUUCAUUGUAAGCGCCUAGUUUUGGCCAGUGGAAUAUUCUCCGAAGUUCUUCCCCCGGGGCCCAUCUUACAACCUUUACUGCAAACAAAAUCUACACCCGCCGUCCCCAUGCUCGUCAUUGGCUCCGGCUUCUCUGCUGCGGAUGCCAUCAUCUCCGCUACGCCGGACCAGAAAAUAAUUCAUGUAUUCAAGUGGGCUCCCAAGGAUCGUCCGUCUCCGCUCCGAAGCUGUCACCAACAGGCCUAUCCAGAAUAUGCUGGUGUAUACCGACUCAUGAAAAAAGCUGCGCUAAGUGCGGGAAGUGCCACAGGGAAAUUGCAGUCCAAAACCCGCCGAGGCUCAUCAACUGCUUUUUUAGAAAGCCGAAAUUGGGAAGAUCAAUAUGAAGGCUUUGCCAACGUGGAAAUUACAGCUGUUAAUGUCCAAGGUGAUCUUGCGCAGGUCACAUUCCGCUCAGAUGAUGGAUCCACGUUAUUCCGGUCGGUUCAGGGUCUUGUAUAUGUUGCUGGUAGGCGCGGUACCCUGGGCUUCUUGGACCCUGAACUUCGCUCCGAAGUCUUAGGAAGUGAUGGAAGUGAAGGCCGGGAAGAAAUUGCAAUUACUGGUCAAACUCUUCGAGCGAAAGCCAUAGAAGACGUGGAGUUGGCCCCAGAGGUGUAUAUCAUCGGCAGUCUCACAGGUGACUCGCUGGUUCGAUUUGCAUACGGAGGCUGCGUCUCUACCGCAGGCCAUUUGAUUAGCCAAGAUGGAGGACGUGAGUCGCAUAGUAUCAGCAGCAGUGCCAUGUCGACCCGACCCCAGUCCUCAUCUCUAGUUGCGAUGAAUGGAUUGGACGGCCAUCACGUCUUUCCCAGUGAUAUUCCUGAUAUAACACGCGAAGAUACAUUAAGCAAAAUCUCUACGCGAACGGCUUUGGAAAGCCGGUGGAAGACACUCAUACGCAUGUGUAAAGACUUGGUAUCGACUUCAAGUUCAUAG